AAGAUGCGGCGUCGUUUCAACAGUGUCCCUGCCGAUUGGCGACACCCAUAAACCAAUCGGCAUUCUCACCCACACGGCCACGCCAUUGGCCUCGUGCCGUCCUCCAAAAGCUUAAAGAUAAUGGCGGCACAGUACUUUGCCUCCUGUUCCUCCUCUUCUGUGCUUCGUCCUCCCCGCUUUUUCUCCGGCAAACGCCGAUCAUUCGCCGUUGCGGCAAUGGGUGAUGAUCCGAUAAAAGAAUGGAUUCUCUCUGAAGGGAAGGCAACACAGAUAACAAAAAUUAGUCCGGUUGGUGGUGGCUGCAUCAACCAGGCAAAUCGUUACGACACCGAUGUGGGGUCUUUUUUUGUGAAAAGGAAUAGGAGCAUUGGACCCUCAAUGUUUGAAGCCGAGGCUCUUGGUUUAAGUGCAAUGUACGAAACCCAAACUAUCCGUGUUCCUAAACCGUUCAAGUUUGGGUCCUUACCUUCUGGUGGUUCAUACAUCAUUAUGGAAUUUAUUGAAUUUGGUUCCUCUAGAGGCAAUCAGUCUGAGUUGGGAAGAAAGCUUGCUGAAAUGCAUAAAGCAGGAAAAUCUGAUAAGGGGUUUGGUUUUGAUGUCAACAACACCAUUGGCAGUACUCCACAAAUAAACACUUGGUCAUCAGAUUGGGUGCAGUUUUAUGCAGAGGAAAGAUUAGGUUUUCAGCUGAAGCUAGCACUUGACCAGUACGGCGAUAGAACGAUUUAUGAGAGAGGACAAAGGCUGGCAAAAAGUAUUGGACCUCUUUUUGAUAACGUCGCAAUCGAACCGUGUUUGCUACACGGGGACUUAUGGAGCGGAAAUAUCAGCUCCGACAAGAAUGGAGAGCCUGUUAUACUUGACCCUGCAUGUUAUUAUGGACACAAUGAAGCAGAAUUUGGAAUGUCAUGGUGUGCUGGCUUUGGAGGUUCUUUUUAUGAUGCUUAUUUUGAGGUUAUGCCCAAGCAACCUGGGUUUGAGAAGAGGAGAGAUCUUUAUCUGUUGUAUCAUUACCUGAAUCAUUAUAAUCUCUUCGGUUCUGGUUACCGUUCAUCUGCCAUGUCUAUAAUCGACGACUAUCUGCAGAUAUUGAAGUCUUAGGAAUCAGUUUUCAAGUUAGGUUUGUUUGGUGGUUCAUAGUCAAUUUUGCUGCUGCCCUGUCGUACUUAUAGCUGUACAGAAUCUGUAUCCGUUUCUCCCCUUCUAAUCAUGCUUCUCUACUUCUCUGUAAAAUGCUCAAUACAUUCAUGUAUAAUAUCGUUUGCUUUAAAUCCAAACUUACAAUUUUAAGUUCAUGUAAGUGUACAUGAUUGAACUAAAAAAAAGUGCAUAAUUGAGACAA